CCUUCACCACGCAAGAGGUGCGCUUGCUCGCGCAAGUGGCACGAAUGCGAGCUGGCUGAGCAGCGCACGUACGAGGCGCAACAGUAGCUAUGGUAUGCCAUCUCUCUUGCAGCACAAACGGCCCGGUUGCAGCUGCUCGGCAGAGACCUUGAGGGCAAGGAUAACGUUGUCCUCCUCCCGCUGCAGAGCUUCGUGCCGAGCUAUGGCUACGAUCCCUGGGGUGGCAUGGUUAACAGCAACCCGAAUGUCAGGUACAUCAACCCCACUGGACCAUACUAUGGCUGCGGCGCUGGCUAUGGGUACGGUGGCGGCUAUGGCUUACUGCUCGCCGGAGGCUUCAUGGGUGUCCCGCAGCUUGGCUCGCUCAUGUUCUAAAUACACAUGCGUCGUAUACUCAUGGAUUGGUUGAUUCACAUGACUUGGAUCACAUGUUCCCACUGAUGCAACGAAUAAUACCCAAAUCUAUCUGGUAGUUGACUAAGAUACAAAGGGGCUGAGAACGUGGGCAUAUGGUCUGCGUGCUAUUCCCUUGCGCCAG